AUGCGCAAUGUUGCAAAUAUGAGUUUUCUCAAGACAAGAACCCAUCAAUUGUCUGCUGCUAUGCAGAACUCGCCAACCUCGACGUCCUCCGGCGACGACCCCGCCGAGAACACUGCCGACGAGGAAGAUUCCGAAGAUUACUGCAAGGGCGGCUAUCACCCCGUCCAGAUUGGCGAAAAGUUCAAGGACGGAAAGUACACCGUUGUGCGCAAGCUAGGCUGGGGUCAUUUCUCCACCGUAUGGCUUUCUAGGGACAAUAACUCGGGCAAGCACGUCGCCUUAAAGGUCGUCCGCUCCGCCGCGCACUACACCGAAACCGCCAUUGACGAGAUCAAACUGCUCAACAAGAUCGUCCAGGCGAAGCCUGACCACCCCGGCCGCAAGCAUGUCGUCAGCCUCCUCGACUCCUUCGAACACAAAGGCCCCAACGGCACUCACGUCUGCAUGGUUUUCGAGGUCUUGGGCGAGAACUUGUUGGGUCUGAUUAAGAAAUGGAACCACCGAGGUAUUCCAAUGCCCUUGGUCAAGCAGAUUACCAAACAGGUACUGUUGGGCCUCGACUACCUCCAUCGCGAGUGCGGCAUCAUACACACCGAUUUGAAGCCCGAAAACGUCCUCAUCGAGAUUGGCGACGUCGAACAGAUUGUGAAGAAGGUGGUCAAAAGCGAGCCUAGCAGUGAUAAGGAGAACAACAGAAAUGGCCGAAGAAGGAGGCGGACUCUCAUCACAGGCAGCCAGCCGCUGCCUUCGCCCCUCAACGCCAGCUUCAACCAUAACAAUCUUUUUCCUUCCACGAACUCUCACACGAGCCUCGGCCAAAUGCUGCACGAAGCAGGCAAAGGAUCCAAGGAGCCUUCUCCCAAGCGCGAUGCUGAUCAACAGGCGCGUGAAAAGACAGCCGAUCUCCUCACCAAAGAAGUUUCGGGUAUUUCUCUUGAUAAGUCGAGCAGCUCGCCAUCGUCCGGAGAGAAGCGCAAGGCUGAAGACGCACACGCCUUCGACAUUAUUAGCGUUAAGAUUGCAGACCUGGGCAACGCCUGCUGGGUCAACCAUCAUUUUACCAACGAUAUCCAGACGCGACAGUAUAGAUCACCUGAGGUUAUUCUCGGUGCGAAAUGGGGUGCGAGCACCGACGUGUGGAGUAUGGCGGCGAUGGUUUUUGAACUGAUUACUGGUGAUUAUUUGUUCGACCCUCAAUCGGGAACCAAAUAUGGCAAGGACGACGACCACAUCGCACAGAUAAUUGAGCUGCUUGGACCAUUCCCCAAGUCGCUUUGUCUUUCUGGCAAGUGGUCUCAAGAAAUAUUCAACCGCAAAGGAGAACUGCGCAACAUCCAUCGCUUGCGACACUGGGCUUUGCCAGAUGUUCUCCGCGAGAAGUAUCAUUUCAAGGAGGAUGAGGCGAAGCGUAUCGCGGAUUUCCUGACCCCUAUGCUUGAACUUGUUCCCGAGAAGCGUGCCAAUGCUGGUGGCAUGGCGGGACACGUGUGGCUGGACGACACCCCCGGCAUGAAGGGUGUCCGUAUUAACGGAAUUGACGUAGGCAGUCGGGGUGAGGGCAUUGAUGGUUGGGCGACUGAGGUGCGGAAACGGUAG